GAUGUAUCAUUUAUAUGUUUCCUAAAUUGCAGCUAAAAUGUGGUGUUAUUCUCGAAUGGUGUAUAUGCCUAUGUCAUAUUUAUAUGGAAAAAGAUUUGUUGGUCCAAUCACACCUCUCAUUUUGCAAUUGAGAAUGGAACUUCAUACUCAACCUUAUGAUGAAAUAGAGUGGAAAAAAGUUCGCCAUUUUUGUGCCAAGGAGGAUCUAUAUUAUUCACAUCCUUGGGUACAAGAUUUACUUUGGGAUAGUCUAUACAUAUGCACUGAGCCUCUUCUUACUCGUUGGCCCUUAAACAAAUUGAUUAGACAGUAUGCUCUUCAAGUAACAAUGAAUCACAUCCAUUAUGAAGAUGAGAAUAGUCGAUAUAUCACACUUUCAUGUAUAGAAAAGGUGUUAUGUAUGCUUGCUUGUUGGGUUGAAGAUCCAAAUGGAGACUAUUUCAAGAAACAUCUUGCUAGGAUCCCAGAUUUUAUGUGGGUUGCUGAAGAUGGAAUGAAAAUGCAGACUUUUGGUAGCCAAGGGUGGGAUACUAGUUUGGUCAUGCAAGCAUUGCUUGCUAGUAAUCUGGUUGAUGAAAUUGGACCAACACUUGCCAAAGGUCACGACUUCAUAAAAAAAUCUCAGGUUAAAGAUAACCCUUCUGGUAACUUCAAAAGCAUGUAUCGUCACAUUUCUAAAGGAUCGUGGACGUUUUCUGAUCAAGAUCAUGGAUGGCAAGUAUCUGAUUGCACUGCAGAAAGUUUGAAGUGUUGUCUUUUUCUCUCGCUGUUACCACCAAAAAUUGUUGGUGAGAAAAUUCAACUUGAGCGUCUUUGUGACUCUGUUAAUGUUUUGCUCUCUUUGCAGAGUAAGAAUGGUGGUUUAACAGCUUGGGAGCCAGCAAGUGGACAAGAGUGGUUGGAGAUAUUAAAUCCCACUGAAUUUGCUGCGGAUAUUGUGAUUGAGCAUGAGUACGUAGAAUGCACUUCUUCGGCAAUCCAAGCUCUUGUUUUGUUUAACAAGUUAUAUCCUUCGCACAAGAAAUAUGAAAUUGAAAAUUUUAUAACAAAGGCUAUACAAUUCAUUGAGCACAUGCAACUUCCUAAUGGUUCAUGGUAUGGAAAUUGGGGAAUUUGCUUUACAUAUGGCUCAUGGUUUGCACUUAGAGCAUUGGCAGUUGUUGGCAAGACCUACAAUAAUAGUGAAACUGUUCGUAAGGCAGUUGAAUUUUUACUUCAAACACAGAGAGAGGAUGGUGGUUGGGGUGAAAGUUACACUUCAUGCCCAAAUAAGGAAUAUGUAUCUAUUGAAAAAUGUGGAUCAAAUUUGGUACAAACUGCAUGGGCUAUGAUGGGUCUAAUUCAUGCAGGACAAGCAGAAAGAGAUCCAACACCUCUGCACAAGGCAGCAAAAUUAAUAAUUAAUUCUCAAUUGGAUGAUGGUGAUUUUCCACAACAAGAAAUAACUGGUGUUUCUAUAAAAAAUUGUAUGAUACAUUAUGCAAUGUAUAGAAACACUUACCCACUCUGGGCUCUUGCAGUAUAUCGUAAACGAGUUCUAUUAUGAUUUAAAAUGAUCGGAUCAAUUGAUGUACCUUUCGAUCAUAAUAUAUCUCAUUAAUAAAGAUACUUUUUUUUGCCAUCAAAAUAGCAUA